ACAAAACGGUGCGUUUAAGGUUCCUUCACAAGUGUGCAGAGUGUGGAUCUGCUCUGCACAAGUGGAAGAAGAUGCAGUGGUACUCCGUCGCGGCGCUCCUCACCGUCCUCACCAGUUCUCAGGGAAUCCUAACUACCCUCUCUCAAACUAAUGGAAAGUAUGACUACGAUUAUGCCACUAUCCCAUUUCUCGCUGAGGUUUUCAAGCUUGCAGUGUCUUGUUUGUUACUGUGGAGGGAAUGCAAAAGCUCACCUCUUCCGAAGAUGACAACGGACUGGAAAACGGUGGCUUUGUACCCCAUUCCUUCUGUUAUAUACCUGAUCCACAACAAUGUUCAGUUUGCUACACUCAUGUAUGUGGACACUUCAACAUAUCAGAUAAUGGGGAACUUGAAGAUUGUUACUACUGGAAUACUAUUCAGGCUGUUCUUGGGGAGGAGGCUUUCGAACUUGCAGUGGAUGGCGGUUGGGCUGUUGGCUAUUGGGACAACCACAAGUCAGGUUAGGGGCUGUGGAGUGGCUUCAUGUGACUCCCUUUUCUCAGCACCAAUUCAGGGUUACAUGUUAGGAGUUCUAUCUGCUUGUCUCUCAGCAUUAGCUGGAAUUUAUACAGAGUUCUUAAUGAAGAAAAACAGCGACACCUUGUACUGGCAGAAUAUACAGCUUUACACGUUUGGUACAAUUUUCAAUUUGGCACGACUUGUUGUGGAUGAUUUCAGAGGUGGAUUUGAAAAUGGGCCCUGGUGGCAACGUAUUUUCAAUGGAUACACUAUCACUACCUGGUUGGUGGUAUUAAAUCUAGGGUCUACUGGUCUUUUGGUUUCAUGGUUAAUGAAAUAUGCUGAUAAUAUUGUCAAGGUCUAUUCCACUUCAAUGGCUAUGCUGCUAACAAUGGUACUAUCAAUAUUUCUCUUUGACUUCAAACCUACAUUGCAGCUUUUCUUGGGCAUUGUUAUUUGUAUGAUGUCCCUACACAUGUAUUUUGCCCCAUCAAAAAUGCUCUUAGAUAUGCCAUUAGCAGUUAAACCAGAUGAAGAGAAGCUUAUUGAAGAUUCUGUCGAUCGAAGAACACAUUCAUGAUGUUUUGGACAUCUGAAUAGAAUGGAUGAAUUUUGAAUAGACGAGUAAUGUCGUUCUUGUUGCCUUGUGGCCUAGUGGUCCUGGAUUUACAUCUUACCCUUCGCAAACCCACAGUACUGGGAGCCUCGUGCAUUGGGCCACCCUUUUAAGUAGUCAUAUAUCAGUUAUAUAACUGAAAUAUCACCUUGUAUAUUCUGAUUUAGUGUUUAUGUAUGUGCAAAUUGAUAUGAAGCUAACUCAAUGAGAGAGAGAGAGAGAGAGAGAGAGAGGCUAAAAAGAUUAUGUUUCAUGGAGUUCUCUGAAUGAAAUUUAACUCGCAAUAUUGAAUCAGAUAUUACUGUUUAUUUUGGUACGUGAUAAUAUACACUUGUUUACAUA